AAAUCAUAAAUUUGUUUAUAAAUGUGUGACUUUUCCAGUGUAUUCCUUAUUUUGAUCCUUUGUUAUAGUUGCUUCUUCAAUCGCCACCUCUUUUGAGAUAACUGGCACUUCUGUAGGUACUUUUUGAUAAACUUGCUUAUUAUUAUUUAUCUUUUUUGCUUUUUUAUUGACCAUUGAGUCCUGAGUUGACACUGUCGUCAAUUGAUCAUCAUCAUCAGGCUCACCUUCCCUCUCCCGUCGCAAAUCUUCAUUUGCUGUGCAUGUUAUGCACAGUGUUAAAGAACCAAAUAUAAAAUACAUGAAAAAUGCAAAUGAAAUAAAAAAAUUGAACAUGAAGAUUUUUAGGCAUCCAUCAAUGAAUGCACUGGUUAGUGCUAAAAAUGCGAAAAUGUUGUAAAUUAUGUAGAAAUGUUUUUUGUCCUAAAAAUAUUAAAGAAUAAUUGUUUAAUGUCCAAAGUACUUGAUAAGUUAAGAUAUAAAGUAUAAAAUCCGAGUGGACAAAGCACUAGUUAAAAUCUUGUCAUUGACUUGCCUAUUCAUGACGAAUAAGGUUCCAUUGACUUGCCUUCGCAAUUAGACUUACGGACAACAAAUGACAUAUUUUACAGGUUCCAUUUAACUCGACAUAUGUAUCGCACAUAUGUCUAGUUAACAGCUAGUUCUGUAUAUCUUAUAAAUUUUGGCAAGUUUAAAGACUGGUAAAUGUUUGUCCAAUAAUGGACUUUAACUAGCUGUGUCCACUCGGGAAACACGUUGACUCCAUCCCGUGACCAGCAACAGUUCAAUCGCAUAAAGCAGCAAUAAACCGCCUAAUGACAUUAAUAAAUAUUCUAUUAUCAACAAACCUUUGUCUUAUCAAUCCUAACAAGCCGAAUGUUCAAUAAUGUUGUGUAAAAAUAGAUUCCAAUAGCAAAAAUUGGAAAAAUUGCAGCAACUAAAAAUGAAAAUCGCUGCACAAUAAAUACAAAUUAUGACAUCCAGUAAACAUGUUGCGCUCCCGAGGAUUGAUAAGAAAAUUCCAACAAAAUUAAGCAUUUUUACAAUGCUUAUGCAGUACUCUUGAUGACUAUUUUCCAUUUUUGAUUGCUAUUCAUGAGAUGUAGGAACUUUGAAGACUAGAGGUGAUUUUUAAGAUUUUCCGCAAGUCUGGAAAAACUCACCGAUUGACAUCAAUCCACACAACAUUUGUUCUAUAAACUAUCAAAAUUCAAUUUUGAAAUCUUUUUAUCCACCCAAAAAGAUUUUCUACUUGUCAACUGCAGACGAACUUUUUUUUCUCUUUCUGAAUUGUGCGUUAAUAUGAUAUUUAAUAAACAAUAUGAGUACCAACACUAGAAUGGAAUUAUUAUCACUGCUUGUAUUACAGAAUGUGGAGAAAAAUAAACAUUAUUUUAAUUGAUUUUACAUGUAUGUGUUCUUUUUUAUAAAAAAAUUGAGAUAAACGUACAUGGUUUUGCUAGAAAAAAAGAGUAGAUAGCAUGAACUCGCGUUGAAACUGGUUAUAUAUGAAGGACGGAUAGCCAAAGUGAUAUAAGUACCUCGGUAGCUGAGUAGCAGGGAUCUCUGAUCGAGUGCUCAGAAAUCACCUCGAUUCCCAUCAAAAGACUUGUUUUACAUUUGUAUACACAUACUACAUUUAUAAUGAGAUCUUACAAUAAUGACAAUUAAUUGAAUAAUUUUUUUAAAAAAAACUUGAAUAUAAAACAUUUUUUAAAUUUAAAAAUCAUUAAAUUUGCUUUUCUCAGAAAAAUGUAAAAGUUAAUAGAUUUUGGUGCUUUACAUUCUCUUUUUGUUUCUUUAUGAAACCGGCAACACAAAAUUUCUACUUACAACAAAAACAAAACCAAGUCGAUGAACUUCAAGUAAAUGAAAAAAAAAUGCAAAAAGUCAGUAAAACAGUUAGAAAAAAAAAAAAUUGGCACAUAUUUCAAAUCUGCCUUAAAGUGUUUGGAAUGUUAGAAAUUAAAAAAUAAAAUAUUUCAGAAUAUGAUCAUCUGUGCAUGAAUUUUAAUCCAGAUUUUGCCUUCUUUUCAAAUUUUGGCAAUCAAAGUUAUGCUUUGGUUCAAAACUAUUAAAUUGCUUGCCAUCAAAAGAAAAACAUACGAACUUGUAAUGCAUUUUAUUGCUCAUUUUAAGAGUCAAUCUUAAUUCCAUAAAUAAAUAUUUGCUCUUUAAAAAUUCUAACGGUUAAUAAUUUACACAUUUCCUGUAAUUUUCUCAUAAAUUUCUUUACUAUUACAACAAAAAUAAGAUGAUUUACGUGUAAUACAGAUGUAAAAGUAAAAGAAAUGUAGAAAAUGUAAUGAAGAUGAUUAGAAGUAUCAUUCAAGUUAAAAGAAAAUAUGCGAAAUUAUUGAAAGACUUUUGGAAUUAUUUUUAAAUAUAUUUUAAAUUUAAGAUUUAAUAUUUAUUUGAAAUUAGUAUAUUAUUUUUUUUUAAUAUUUAAAAAAGCUCCUUUUAAAUUUUUUUACAAUGUUAUCUUGUUAUCAAUUUAAAAUAAAUUUAAUAUUUUAAAAACUUCAAUUUAAUUCAAUCUUUAAAGUAAAAACAAAUUGAUUAUAAUUUUUGAAACAUCACUGAAAUAUUUUACUUUUCUCAAUUUAAAUUCAACCUUGUCGGUAUUUGACCGUAAAUAAAGAUUAAAUAACAUCCCAAAUGUUUUUGUAUUGUCAAUUUAUUUUUUAUGUAAAUCAAUGUUUAUAAAAAAGAAAAGAAAAAAGUGUCUGAGACUGAAAAUCUUGUUCUGUGUAUUAAACACUGUGUAUUAAGCUUUGGCUGUGUUUGAAGACUUUUUCAUUUAUUGUCGACACUAACACGAUCUUGAGGCUGUGUUUCCUAAUUUAAAAUCAAACUAGAUUAAGAAUUGGUUUUUCUUCCAGGAGAAAUUGUUUUUUAAUAUACUUUAAAUUUUAUACCAGGGUAUAUAGCUAAGCUUAAAGAUUUUUGAUGGCUCCUGUGCAUAAAAUGGAUGUAUUACUUCAAUUUAUCACUCAAAAUGCACAUUCCAAGGGUUUUUAAGCAGAGUUUUAUUGUUUUUAAGUUUAAACUUUUAAUGAUAUUCAAUUUAUGUAUAGGAAGCUUAAUUGUAUUAACACAAAUGUUAAGAUUCAUGGAAAUUUCAUUAUAAUCCUUUUGCCAUCAUAAAUCAUAAUUUUCAUGUUAUUAACAACAAGGAAUGAAGUUACGAAAAUUGUAAAAAAAACUUGAACUAUUUUAAAUCCCUUUGGACCCUCAUUUCCCAUUAAUCCUCUUCAUCAAGCAAACAUAGGUUUUGUGAUUUUAGAACUUAAUUUCAAAGACGACAGUUUCCUGAAAAAAAAGCUAUUGACAUACAAACCUAAAUAUUAAGAAGAAGAGAAAUUAUUUUUAAAUUUAGACGCAUCCUCGAAAAAAAACAUCGUCUUUUCCCACCAAAAUAUAAUUUAACAAAAUUACAGUCAAAUAAUAAAAAGAAAAAAGUUUCAACACUUGUACAAUUUUAGACGGAAAAAUUGAAAUAUUUUAGUUCAAAACUGGGAAUAAGGUCGAUGAUUUUUUGAGGGCUUUAAGAAAAUUGAUGAGAGUUUUAAAGUUUUAAAGAAUAUUUUAAAUAAAUUUGUAAAAAAAAUUGAAAUAAGCACUUAAUUAUGAUAUUUUUCAAUCAGAAAAUUUCAAAAGAAUUGAAAAUAAAAAAAAUUUCGACACAAACACAUACAAAAAUUCACAAACACAUUUAAAGACCUUCUCUAAGCCCACACACAAAAGCGUAUAAAAAACAUCAAAAUAUUUGGCUUACAUAUAAAAAUACAUUUUUAAAGAUGGCGCAAUGUCCAUAAGUACAUCAUCCCCAGUGACUCAAGCUCAAAUGGAAAAAUAUUUUUGUAUAGUGCAAUUAGAAAGAAAAAGAUUUUUUCUUGUACGGGCCUCAAAAGAUUGAAAAUUAACAUAAAAUAAUAAAUUGAGCGUCAAAAAAAUAAAUAUAAAGUGAAUAUAUUGCUUUUAGGCAUCACAUAAGUUAAUUGUGCAGUGGAUGAACAUUGAUUUAAGAGGAAAUAAGGACAAAAACAAGAUUAAAUUGCGAAAAACUUGUCAACUACAAUUUUUUCAACAAUCUCAAAAAGAAUUUAAACUUCUAAUUGGAGUGAAGCAUUUGAAUUAAUUGAAGAAAUUUGCAAUUUUGAAGCUAAACUUUGAUAUUGAAAGGAGAUUAUUAAGAGGUUAACGCGACGGCACACAAAUCAAAAACUUCAAUAAUUUGCAUGCAACUGUGGAAAUUGCGUCUAAAAAAAAGAAAAUUUAUCAAAACUCAUAAGAGAAUGGAUAAGCAAGAUAAAAAUCCACAUCAUCAUAAUGCUACAUGUCGAUUUUCAGUGAAAAAUUCUGCAGUUGAGUGAAUGAGAAGAAAAAACUACAAAAAUUAAAUUCCACAGUGAAUCUAAGGCAAGAAAAAGAAGAGAAAAAAAAGUAACAAGAAACGUUUCAUUUUUCCUUAAAAAGAUUUUUUUAAAUAAAAAAAUAAGAAACUAAUUUAAUAAUUCUUGAGAUUAAAAAAAUAACGUUUAAAAAGUUAAAGAAAAUGUUCAAAUCUCAAUUAGAGCCGUCAGCAGAAAACUUUGUCGAAACACAAAUUUUCGUUGAGAAUAUUUUCGACACGGUGAAAAAGGCACGCGAGGCAAAAGCAGCACGUUCACUGGCUGAAUCGAAGCUAGCUCAUUAUGAUUACUCUUUUGACUUUUCACCAUCAAAACGCAAAAAGGUUCGAAAGAAUGCAAAAAACAAAAAUCCUAAAAAUGGCAAAACUAAAACAACGCCAAAAAAGAAGCCACGAAAGCCUCGAACACCGAAAGAUAGUGCUGAGAAAAAGAAGAAACCGCCAACAACACCAAAGACACCAAGAAAAUAUACAAAACGCGCAAAAGUUAAGCCUCCAAAUGAUAUCGACGAUGAGGAAGCAGCAUUUAUUCUCAGUUCAAUCUCACAGCGUUCUUUUGAUUCAUUUUAUAACAGAUUCAAUGGUUCUACUCAAGUAGUAAAUAAAAUUGAAAUUCCACUCGAGACAUCGACAGAUGAUCAAUCAUCUAUGCAGCCACAGCUUUUAAUAACACCCAAAAAAUCUGAACCGAAUCAUCUUACAGCAUAUCACCAUGUGCUUUUAGAUCAUAAUUAUUGGAUUGUUGAACCACCAGCGACAUCACCAGCACCAGUACCAUCAACACCAACAUCGACUGUCGUUGUGAAAGACGAAGCACAGGGAAAAUUAAACAAUGAAUCACUAACAAGUAUGAAUCUCUUACUAACCGUUGCAUCACACGAGUUAUCGUCACAGUGCACACAAAAUAGUACAAAUGGUAUUAAAGUUGAGGUAAACAAUAACAAACUGCCAUUGUUGGACAUAAGUUGUGAUACACCAAAACUCUCAACAAUGUCUGAUGACAAUGCAGUAAAGAAACGAUGGCUAAGACAAGCAACAACAGAGUGUUCAACACCAUCGCCAACAGUUACACCACCGGAAACAUCACCGAAUGAUAUGAAAGCACCGCUUAAGAAACGUCGCGUUGUAAGGGAAGUUGAAGAUAAUAAUGAGAUUAAAAUUGGAGUUUGCAGUGAGACUGAAUCGAGCAAAAUAGAUCAAAAAGCGUGUUUUGAAUCGAAUAAUUUUAAGAAUAAUGUGGAAGUAAAUAAAUUUAAUAAUAAUUUUGUAAAUAAUUCGGCACUUCUCAAAUGUGAGCCGUCAGAAUCUGUAAAUAUAAAUUUAAGGGAAAUUCAUGAGAAGAUUGAGAUGGAGUUUGGGAGUCAGCAGAAAAAUGAACAAAAUGUGGUGGUGGUGAAAAUGGAGCCAAGGAGUGUAAUACAAAGUCCAAUUGGACAUCAAAUACAUGGAACAAAAAAUAAUCUGACAUAUGGAAUACAAAUGAAUAGUCCAGUGGAUGUUAAUGCAAUUUAUGGAAGAAGUCAGCCAGAUAAUUUAAUUAAAGUUGAUCAGCUGAGAAGUAUCAUUGGAAAUGAGGGAAAACUCCCUCACACCCAAAUCUACGAUGAGAAAUUGAUAAAAAUAGAGUCUUAUGAGAGACCGAAUGAUUAUAAAAACAAUAAUGUAAACAUUGUCGAUUUAAAAUUCAACGAUAAAAUCCCCCAAGUUUUUGGAAUUAAAAAUGAGAUUUGUGACAAUAUUCAGAAUGCUGUAAAACUUGACAUCUACGAUCAAAAACAAAUCAAAAUAGAAUCACCAAUUACAGAAAAAAUUAUCACUGUUGAUGGAAAAUUGCAGCAAAUUUUGGAUGGAAAAGUUCAAAAAAUUUACUGCGAUAAUUCUAAGUUUAUUACCGAUCAGCAUCAAAAGGUUCAAAACUUUAGUCAAUUUUAUAAUAAAGUUGAUGAGACAUCAAAUCAAAUGUCAGUAAUACAAAACCUUGAAGAUCUUUCAUACAGAAAUCAAAUGGAAAACAUUCAAAAACAAAAUCACAUAAUUAUCCAUUCAGGAACUUUAAAUGAUAAAAAAAUGCCAGAAAGUUUUAGUGAUCAAAAAGUUUACAGCAUUUAUAGUGAAAAUUGUUUAGAAGGAUUUCCAAAAAUUCAUCAAUUAAGUCCAUCAAAAACUCAAUUAAGUCCAUCAAAGCUCAAUCAACUCAAAGGUCUUUCAAGUCCAACAAAAAUUCAAAUCAGUCCAACAAGAACAUACGAAAUCUAUACAAAAAAUCCCAAUGAAAAUAUUGCCGAAAGUUUGCUUAAAUUGCAGCAAGAAAGUCCAGUAAAAUUAAUUCAAAUGAGUCCAACAAAGGUGAUGCAUAGUCCUAAUCAUCAAAUUGUACAGGCAUUGACUUUUGACAAAUCAAAUGACCACGGAUAUCAGAAGAAAACUGAAGAAAAUUCAGCAAACAAGCUCAACAAGACACAAAAAGUAAUAAAAAUUAAAACUAAAACACCGAAAGUAAAAAAGCCACCAAUGAAGGCGAAGAAAGCUCAGCAAAAGCCAAAAAAAGUAAAGACACCAAAAAGUCCAUCAAAAAUUGGCAAAAAUAAGAAAAUUGACAAAAAUUUGAUCAAAAAUUUCGGAAAUCUCGAGGAUGUGCCAUUAAAAAUUAGACAGAAUUUAGCAUUUGAGGAGAAAGUUAUGAUGAAAAUUAAGGAUAAUGAAGUUAAAACUCAAAGAGUUAGUGAAAGUGAUGCAAUUGAUAGUAAAAUGUCAAAAAUUCAUCCAAUUGUAGGAUUAAUCCCACCUUUUGACAGUAAAUUUCAUCAAAUUGGAGGAAAAAUUAUGCAAAUUGAUGACAAAAUCGGUCAAAAUGAUGCUCACGGAAAUGAAAUUGAGGUCAAUUUUGAUUCUAGCAAAUGUUCUCAUCUAAGUGAUUCAAAAACUAUCCAAAAUCAUGUAGAAUUCUACAAAAAUGAUGUUAAUCAACAACAACUUUAUGUUCCUCAACAAAAUGAUACAAAACUUCUUUCGCAUCUCAAUAAAAAUCACGGAUCUGAUGAAACAUUCAGUAAAUCUGAAAAACCAAACGAUGAAGAUUUGCUUAAAAAUGAAAGUUUAAUCUCAAAAUCUAAAGAAUUUAAUGAAAUGUCAAAACCAGAAAAUUCUUACAAUUCACAGCUUUAUAUCCGAGAUGAUAUAAGUAACUUGCACUUUAACGACAAAUUCACAAAACAUUCAAAACGAACAAUCAGCGAGUCAUCAAGUGGUUCCUCAAAAACUUCAACCUGUUCCUCAAAUCAUUCAAAAUUUAGCAAAAAUGCUGAUGAUUUUCGUAGGAAUUCUACAGAAGUAAUCAAAAAUUCAACAGAACUCUUAAAAUUCCAAUCAAAAAAAGUUUUAAAAAAGCUUAAAUUUAACGAUUCUGAAAAGGAAUGUCUAAAAUCAUCUAAUUUGGAUGGUCAAGAAGUAAAAUUAAGAAGCUUAAUUGAAGAUUCGAAGAAUAUUUUGUCAAAAGAUCAGCAUUUACUGAAUCAAGGAAAAGAUUCCAUAGCAUCUCAAGUAAACAAUCAAAAUUUAACAACACUCUCAAAUUUUCAAGUGAUCAAGGACAAUUAUGCUAAUAAAUCAAAAACAAGAACAAUUAGUGAGUCGUCAAGUGUGUCUUCAAGAACUUUAAGCUGCAAUUCGCCUGAAAAUACACCGAAUUUAUCACUGGCACAUCCAGAAUGUCUUGUCAAUUCAACAUCAGUAAUUUUAACUCCACUAUUGGUUCCAAAAGUUGAAAAAAUUAUAAAUACAUUAGACGAGUCUCAACAAAAAUCAAAACUACAUGAUGUUAAAGAAGAACCGAGAUCUAGUACUUUAGCUUCAAAUUUAUCAAAAACUGCUCAAUUAUCUUCUAUUAAACAAUCAAAGGAUCAUAGCUCAUCAGAUUUAGAGUUAAAUAACAGAAUUUUAUCGUCAAGCUCUCUCAAAUCCUCAACUGAUCGCGUGGAAUCAUUAUCAUCAGAUACUGUGGAUAGUUCUUGUGUUAGCGAAAGCAAAACUUUUAGUAAAUGCGAGAUUAUCACAAAUCACUCAGAACUUAAAACAAAGUUGAACUUUAAAUCAUCGAAAAUAUCAGAUGAGGUUUCAGAAGUAUCAAAAAUAUUCUUGAAGUCAAUAAAAUCUGAAGAGCCUGACACAAAAGAUUCAGAAAUUAAACCUACUGACAUAAAAUCUGUAAAAUCAAUUGAGCAAAUUUCCAGUGGCAAUAAUUCAUCAUCUCUGACUCAAAAGAUUCAAUCCGUUCCACAAAAUAUUGAUAAUGACAUCAUCGAAACCAUUAUUGAGCCACCAAGUAUCUUAAAAUCUUUAUCCGAUGGUAUAGCUCCAAUAAAACCAAACAUUGACUCAUUAAUCCCUUUUAAGUCUUCAAUUGAGACCCUUGAAUUAAUCAUAGACACCAACAAAUCAAAUAUAGAUUCACUAAGUGAUUUGAAGCCUGAAAAAGUUGUUGAGCAGCAAGUUGCUUCAAUUUUAGAGAAAGUCAUUCCAAAGACUUUAAAAACAGAUUUUAAAAAGAAAAUUGAAGUUGAAAUGUCAAAGAAUGAGCUUGAAACAGAACCAAUUGAGUCAGACAAUGAUAUUGAUGACGAAGAUGAUACGCCGUAUCGUGAAUGUGUUGAAGAAUUCCAUAAAGACACAAUAGAGAAGCUCACUGAAGCAAAUAAAAGAUUUUGUAGAGAUAAUUAUGUUCAUAAUCCAUUUAAGCAUUCUGUGAGCUACGAUGAAAGGGAAAGUGUUCGAUAUUCUAAAACGGAUGAUUAUCAUUCAAGGGGAAGUCGCGGUUAUGACUAUGAUGAUCAUCGUAAGCCAUUAAAAAUGAGUGUCAGUUUUGAUUCUCAUCAGCAAUAUUCACAUCAUAACUAUCCAUCACAUUACCAAAGGUCAAUUAGUGAAGUUUGCAAUGAUCCAAGAAAAGAACGAUGGUCUGGAAAUGGAAUUCAUGAAAACAGGAAGUACGGAUCAUUCCAUUAUGAUAAAAUACAUCAUCGUGAGCCAAUAACUACAACAUAUAGUAUGUAUCGAGCACAAAAAGCAUCACAAAUGGAUUGUCGAUGGAACAGUCGACAAAAUUAUGAGUAUCAACCAGAACCACAACAUAAAGUCAAUAGUUAUGUACCCGAAAAACCAGCCAUGGCACCACAACCAAUACCACAACCAAUUACACCGACAGUUAUUAAUAGUUAUAGACCCAUCCAACCCGAGCCAAUUCGAAUCGAGCCACUGAUCCUGGCAAUUAGUCCACAGGCUGAGGCAUUGAAGAAUGCCACCAGUGAUUCAUUUGGAGGAUUUUUAUUGGAAACAAAAUUGAAUGUUACAAGUCCUGUAACUGUUUUGCCUAAAACUAAAACAGCUAGUCAUGAUCCUAGGCUGAAUCCAUCAUUGGUACAAGAUGUAAAGAAGGAAGAAACUGCAACGCCUAAGAAAAAGCUCUCACUCGAUCAAUACAGGAAGAGGAAAUCCUUAACAAAUGUAGCACAAAUAUCACCAACAGAUGAGAUUCUGCCGUCAAUUUCAGUUUCAAUAACAGAAUCGCCAUCACCAACACUAUCGCCUGCUUACGAUCCAACAAUUGCAGCUGCUGCUGCAACAGGUUGAACAUAAGAAAAUUCUAUAAAAAAGCUUUCAGCUUAAAAAUGGUUGUGAAAAAAAAAACUUUGUAAAUUUGAUUGUGGAAAAUUGAAUUUUUUGUUUGUUACGAUCAAGUCAAUCUAAGGAGGCUAUUUAUGGUUAAUUUGUGAGUUGUUAUGGGAAUUUAUGGUUGAUUUUAACCACAAAAAGCGACAUUAAAUUGACUCGACUAUGGAAAAGAUAUGAAAAAAAUAUACAGGAAAAUAUUAAAAUGCACAUAGAAAAAAAAUAAAAAAUGAUGAAAAUUAUUUUGAGUUCAUAGAAAAUAUUCAGUAAAUAUGUACAGAAAAAAUGUGGUACGGAGAAAUAAUAACCAAUUGAAGUCUAUCUUCAAAGAGUGAUUGCAGCUUCAACAACUUUAAUUACAAUAGUAACACUAGUGAAAACAUACAAUUCAUAUAAAAAUAAUCUCCCGUGCUUACUCACGGCUUCAAACAACAAAAAACUAUGCAAUUUAAAUGUUUUUUAAGAACAUAAUUAGUUAAUAGCGUUAAAAACAAGCUUUUCAUAUCCUUUUUUUUAUAAACCACAUUAUAAUCGAAAUAUUUAUCAGUAUCGUAUUUUUUUAAAUUGCAGAAUUGAGUUUUAAGUGCUACAAUUAAAACUUUUUAAUUUUAAAACUUCAAAAAAAGGAAAAUUUUAAUAUUUUUACAAGUUAAUAAGCUAAUAAUGACUUCUUUGAAAUUUAACUUUUAUUAUAAUUUUUAAAUUGUAAUUUUCAAGUAUGAUCCUCAAGCCCUAAAAUAAAACAAUUUUAAAAAUGGAAUUUGAAACUAAAUCAAAAUUUAAAUUUAAAACGGACCCAUUGAACUGAAAGCAUUUAAUUAAUUUUUCUUUAUUUGUAUAUUUCUAAGUUAAGAUAUUUUUUUGUAUGUAAAAAAAGAUAAUAAAGUGUUCAAAUAAGAGCUUAAAAUUCUAGAUUUUGAAGAAUCAAAAUUAAAGUGUUUUAUGCAAGAAGUUAAAAGCUCAUGAAUGAAAACUCUUAAUUUAUCUUUAUCCUUAUUUAAUACAUCAUUUGUGAUUUAAAUUUCAAAAACUAUUUAUGAGAAAAUUUGUAUAUAAACUAUUAAUAAAAUUAUUGAAAACAAAAAAUUUUUAAGAAAAAAAUCUUCAUUCUCAUUUCGAGCAGAAGUAGAAUUUAUUUUUUAUUUUUAUUUUUUGAAAAUUAAAUUUUAUUCUGUUCGAACAUUUUUUUGUGCAGUCAAAAUUGUCUGAAUUGGUUAAAAAAAUUUACAUAAUUUUGACUACCUUAAAUAUAAAAAAAAAUCUUCACUUUUAACAAAUAAUAAAGACACCCAAAAAUUUAAAUAAAAUAAAUUUUAACUCUGUGCAGUUAUUUUAUUAAAACUUUUGUUCAAAUUUCUUAAAAGAAAAAAAAUGUAAAAAUUUAUAUUAAAUUAUUAUAAAAAAUGAAUCAUAAUUAAAAAUUAAGUGAUAAAAUCUCUUUUAAAUAGCAAAUUAAAUUAAAUAAUUAAAGUAAAUUAAUGAAAUUUCUUCAAUACGUUUUGUAAGGAAGCUAAUUGAGUGACAUAAAACAUUAGAGUUUAAAAAGUUGAAUCUGAAUAUUAAAAUUGAUCUCAGAUCAACAACUCUUUAGUAAAUUUAUUGCUCAGUAAAAAAAAUAUUUCAGGGUGCUCAAAAAUAGCACCUUGAUCUGAAAAAAACUGUUUAUCUCUUGCUUAACAAUUUAAAAAUAAUAAAAAACGAAGAAAAUGG